UCCCACGGUUAUAUUGCGGUUAACGCAACAGGAAACUCCGUCGAAAUCUCCGAGCUGAUAACGGUGCUGCUCUCGGGGGUUCGCGUCCUAACCUUUGAUCUUUGAACGUUAAUUACACGCUCGCGGAGAGGCUCGGUUUGUUGCUGUAUUGAUUUUACGCAGCGAUCGAUCGAAUAUUUUAGAUGAAACGCAAAACAAUUCUUGUACGCACAUGCACACAAACUGGCUUUCUGCAACGAAAACAAAAGUCAAUGUUGCGUCUUGUCGCGUCACUAAGAUUAUCCGUUUAACCGAACGGGCUAUUUGUAUUUAAGCCAACACAAUGAGCUAUCAUCGAGGAAGUGGUAGCAAGCCGAAGGGCUUUGGCUUUACCGGCUUCCAAAUGUCUGGAACGAAAAGAAGUGGUACCAACAUACCUCCACCUCCACCAAACUCCACCCUGAGCAAGCAGGGCUAUCACACGAUGAACGCUAUUACGGAAAACGCCUUGUCCGCUUGUUGGGGCAUGCCGAAGAAGCGCAGCAAGACCGAAGAAGAAUACUUCGAGGACGAUGACGAAGCUGCAACUUCAUCGUUGGAAUAUAUACCAGCGCCUGGUUCUCCCACGUACGACUUGAUGAAGAAAUCGGCCACAAAGAACGACAGCGAUAGUGAGGAGGAUACUCUGGAUGCUUUUAUGGCGGGAAUCGAUGCGGAAGUGAAGCGGAACGAUUGCGCGGCUCAGAGCGGUGAUAAUCGUAAGGAAGAAAAAUCCAAAGGAUUUCGGGCUGACAUUGACGGAGAGGACGACGAGGAAAGUUACUAUAGGUAUAUGGAGGAAAAUCCAACUGCUGGUUUGCAACAAGAAGAGUCCGAUCAAGAGAUCGAAUACGAUGAGGAUGGCAAUCCUAUUGCGCCGCCGAAGAAGAAGGAGAUCGAUCCGCUACCUCCGAUCGAUCACAGCGAAAUAGAAUACGAACCGUUCGAGAAAAACUUUUACAAUGUGCACGAAGAGAUCGCAAGUUUAAGUAAACAGCAGAUUGACGACUUGAAAAAGACUCUGGGUAUAAAAGUAUCCGGACCAUCCCCGCCGAAUCCGGUCACAAGUUUCGGCCAUUUCGGGUUUGACGAUGCGCUGAUUAAGACUAUCCGUAAAAACGAGUACACGCAGCCCACGCCUAUUCAGGCGCAGGCGGUCCCUGCCGCCUUAAGCGGACGGGAUAUAAUUGGUAUAGCGAAAACCGGCAGCGGUAAAACGGCGGCAUUUAUCUGGCCGAUGUUAGUGCACAUUAUGGAUCAGCGCGAAUUGAAAGCCGGAGAUGGCCCGAUCGGUCUCAUUUUGGCGCCAACGAGAGAAUUGUCUCAACAGAUUUAUCAAGAAGCAAAAAAGUUUGGGAAGGUUUACAAUAUUCAAGUGUGUUGCUGCUACGGAGGUGGUAGUAAAUGGGAACAGAGUAAAGCAUUGGAAAGCGGCGCGGAGAUCGUAGUCGCUACCCCCGGUAGAAUGAUCGAUCUAGUUAAGAUGAAAGCAACGAAUUUAGCUAGAGUUACAUUUCUAGUUCUGGACGAAGCCGAUAGAAUGUUCGACAUGGGAUUUGAGCCACAAGUACGAUCUAUAUGCAAUCACGUGAGACCCGACAGACAAACGUUGCUAUUUAGCGCGACAUUCAAAAAGAAAGUAGAGAAGCUCGCUAGGGACGUUUUAACAGAUCCCAUUAGGAUAGUGCAAGGAGAUGUCGGUGAGGCUAACACCGAUGUGACGCAACAUGUUAUCAUGUUCCAUAACAAUCCCAGUGGUAAAUGGAACUGGCUGUUACAAAACUUGGUUGAAUUUCUAAGCGCUGGCAGUCUUUUGAUCUUUGUCACUAAGAAGCUGAACGCGGAAGAGCUUGCCAACAAUCUCAAACUGAAAGAGUUUGAUGUAUUACUGUUGCACGGUGAUAUGGAUCAGAUUGAGAGAAAUAAAGUGAUUACGGCUUUUAAGAAGAAAGAUGUCAGUACCUUGGUCGCUACUGACGUAGCUGCGCGAGGUUUGGACAUUCCACAUAUCAAGACUGUCGUGAAUUAUGAUGUAUCGCGAGAUAUCGAUACGCACACGCACAGAAUAGGAAGAACAGGACGAGCCGGUGAAAAAGGCACGGCGUAUACCCUUGUGACAGAAAAAGAUAAGGAAUUCGCCGGACAUUUGGUACGAAAUUUGGAGGGAGCGAAUCAGGAAGUGCCAAAGAGCUUGAUGGAUUUGGCUAUGCAAAGCGCAUGGUUUAGAAAAUCAAGGUUCAAAGGUGGAAAAGGAAAAAGUUUAAAUGUCGGUGGAGCAGGACUUGGUUUCAGGGGCAGACCCAAUUCAUCAAAUUCGAGUGGAUCAACGUCGCAAGCAUCAAAGGAUAUUAGUGAGGUAGUUAAAAAGUUAGAAAGGCACGGACCUGGUAGCGACAGACUCUCCGCUAUGAAAGCCGCUUUCCGAAGUCAAUAUAAUUCGCAGUUCCGAGCGUCGUCGGAUCACACCUGGGAACAGACGAUCACUCCACCUUCCGUGAUAAUGCCGCCACCGCCAGCCGUUCCAUCGCCGAAGCCUGCAGCUCCAGAGAAUCAAGCUGCCAAUUCCUCAGGACCGGAGCGUAAGAGAGUGCGAAAAAGUCGAUGGGAGUGAUCAAGUUAGUGUAUUAUUAUUUGUGCAUAUUAUACAGCAUAUAAACAUUAUAUAUCGAAACGAUAAUGAACUGAGACUUGUUUUAUAUUACAAUAAAAUUUAAUUUUACCAAUUUG